GUCCGGUCCGGUCCGGUCCGGUCCGGUCCGGUCCGGUCCGGCCCGGCCCGGGGAGGUUGGGAGCGGGCGCACACGAUGCCGGGCCGAGAGGCGGGCGGGUCCCCGGCCAGACGCUCAGAGAAGUCUGGCUGUGGAAUCGUUGGGAAAGCACUUCAUGCUGUUGGAUGUUGGAAGAGCUAGGACUGAACCUGUGGGAACCCUGCCUACACACGCAGUGAGAAGCAGCCAGUUCCCGGCAAAGCGGCGACUCGACUGUGUGAGAGGAGGAGGGAGCCACGUCGUCCCCAAGCCGAAGAGCGGAGAAUCUGAAGAAGGGCUCGAUGAACACGAGCAGAAUUGUCCAACUAGGAUAAGUUCUAAGGGAUGAGGAAACUGAGGCCCGGAGAAGUUCGACUCGCCCAAGAUCACCCAGCAGCGCACCGUGCUAAGCGCCGGGGAGAGUCCGACAGAACAAAGACCAGAGCAACGGCCAAGCGCGCCUCUUGGGUUUCCGUCCCCGGCCAGAUGCGGAGCCCGCGUCCCCACGGCCCAGCCGCGAUCUGAGGAGAGCUCCGCGCCGAGGGACCCCGGCGUAGAGUCGGGGGGACUCCCCCGGCCCCCCAAGAUGGUCGGCAAAGUCAAGCAGAACCUGCUGCUUGCCUGCCUGGUCAUCAGUUCCGCGACGGUGCUGUACCUGGGCCAGCACGCCAUGGAGUGCCACCACCGUAUGGCGGACCGCGGGCGGGCGAGCCGGGCCCAGGGCCCGCGGGCCCCGCCGGCCACCGGCCCCGGCCCCCGGCCCAACCGGACCGCGGCCUACAACAAGGACACGCCCCUGAUCUUCAUCGGCGGCGUCCCCCGCAGCGGGACCACCCUGAUGCGCGCCAUGCUGGACGCCCACCCGGACAUCCGCUGCGGCGAGGAGACCCGGGUCAUCCCCCGCAUCCUGGCCGUGAAGCAGAUGUGGUCCCGUUCCAGCAAGGAGAAGGUCCGGCUGGACGAGGCCGGGGUCACGGACCGGGUGCUGGACGAGGCCAUGCGGGCCUUCCUGCUGGAGAUCAUCGUCAAGCACGGGGAGCCGGCCCCCUUCCUGUGCAACAAGGACCCCUUCGCUCUCAAGUCGCUGACUUAUCUGGCCCGCAUCUUCCCCAACGCCAAGUUCCUGCUGAUGGUGCGGGACGGCCGAGCCUCGGUGCACUCCAUGAUCUCGCGCAAGGUGACCAUCGCCGGCUUCGACCUGGGCAGCUACCGGGACUGCCUGACCAAGUGGAACCGGGCCAUCGAGACCAUGUACAACCAGUGCGUGGAGGUGGGUUACGAGCGCUGCGUGCUGGUGCGCUACGAGCAGCUGGUCCUGCACCCCGAGCGCUGGAUGAGGAGCCUCCUCCACUUCCUGGGCAUCCGCUGGGACCAGGCCGUCUUGCACCACGAGGAGAUGAUCGGGAAAGCCGGGGGAGUCUCUCUGUCCAAGGUGGAAAGAUCCACGGACCAAGUCGUCAAGCCAGUGAACGCAGGGGCCCUCUCGAAGUGGGUCGGGAAGAUCCCCGCGGACGUCCUGCAGGACAUGGCCGCCAUCGCCCCCAUGCUGGCCCGCCUCGGCUACGAUCCCUACGCCAACCCGCCCAACUACGGGAAGCCGGAUCAAAAAAUCCUGGAAAACACAAGGCGGGUCUAUAAAGGCGAGUUUCAGCUGCCUGAUUUUCUGAAAGAAAAGCUGCAGACUGAUCCCGUGGAGUAGCUGACCCAGGAGACCCAUUUCACUCACCGAGGAAAGACCGUUUCCUUUCCAUUGGAGGUGACAUCCUGGGGACCCCCUCGCCGACAGCAGGCCCGAAUUCAUUUUGGCCCUACACCUUUCCCUUUCUCUCUCUCCUUCUUUCUCUCUUUCACACAUACACACACACGUAUGUUCUAAGCAAACACACUUCGAUAUUUCAGACGUUAACACUUUUCCCUGGGCAGAGCGAACCACUGCGGUCCAAAGACGCCCGGGCAGGCGGGUGGGGACGUCGCAGGGAAGACCGCAGAGGGGGGCGACGGGAAGAGAAAGGCCCACCCGUCAUCCUUGUGGAAAGCGGGGUCUCGCCGUCCGGGUCUCGGGGGCGGGGGUUCGUUCGGAACGGUUCCGGGGGCAGUGGCGCCUGUUUUGAUUCUCUUGCGGUGGAAGCGGUUGAUUCCCUUUUAAUUAUUUAAGAAAACGGGUUCUGAUCUAGAGGCUGCCAGUAUACGUGCCCAUGGACAGUUCAAUGACUUUUGUAUUUUAUUUUUCAAAAUAAAUCUUUCAAUGUGA